ACGUUCAUAGGCAGCUCAUCGGGUGUAAAUAGAGGUCCUUCCAGUCCGGCGCAUGUUUUGUAUUCCCCCUCUGCAAAGCUGGCCGAGAAUUUCUUACAAUUGUCAACGCACCGGUGUCUCACUGAAAUGUGGCUGUAAUGACGCUUGUUUGUGGCCUCCUUGCAUCCAUACAUUGAUUGCAUGACCCAGGGAUGUCUCGUCCUGCUCCGUCCCCCAUCUACACCCUGAGGGGGGCUGGUGGGCCCCUCAACACCCUCCACUUUAGCUGCCAUGGAAAGGACACUCCCCUCCUAUUUUCUGGGUCAGGGAAGGGUGUCAUCCAUAUCUGGAACCUGAACAGCAGGAGGGCUGAGAAGAUUGUAGAAGGUCAUUCUGGUAGCUCGGUCAUCUGGGUCAGCACACUGCAGUCGACAGAUGCCCUCAUCAGUCAGGGACGGGACAUGCAGGUCUGUCUGUGGGACCUGAGAGAAGGUCGCAGUGAGGUGGUGGACACUGUGUGGACCGGCAGCGUUGGAUUCUCUCAGUGCUCCCUGCUGGAGACGAGCCACGGAAACUACCUGCUGGCCUUUGCUGGACAACAGACAGAGGAGGUUAGACAUGGCUAUAUCAAGAUUAUUGAGCUGCCCAGUAAGACCCCAGUCUGCACCCUGGUACCAGACACUAAGCUGGGGAUGGUCAUGUGUAUCAGACUGUGGCAGCCAGACUUCGGUGCUGGACCUCUCCUGUUGGCUGGAUACGAGGACGGCUCUCUGUUGCUGUGGGACGUAACCCAGAGGUCCAAACUGAGCCACGCCAAAGCCCACCCUGAACCUGUCAUGUGCCUGACCUUUGACACCAAGCGUCUGAGGGGCAUAUCAGGCUCCUCUGAGAAGAAACUCUCCUCCUGGAAGGUGGACAGACAGAACAACCUGCAGCUCCAGGACUGUGUGAAGCUGGUCAACCCUGGGGUUUCCCAGCUGUGUAUCAGGGAUGACAGUAAGCUUUUGGCGUCAGCAGGCUGGGACCAUCGGGUGCGGUUAUUCGGCUGGAAGAAGCUGCGACCGCUGGCAGUGCUUCAGUAUCACACUGACAUGGUGCAAAGCGUGGCCUUCUCGGACCACCAGGACCCCAGACAAAGACUGCUGGCUGCUGGAUCCAAGGACCAGAGGAUCAGCCUGUGGUCAAUAUACAAUGAGGGAGCUGACACUGGCUGAACCUCUAAGCUCUGAGAGAAUAUAGACUUUUACUCGAUACUUCCUUUACUGUUAUCUGUACUGAUGCAAUGUGAUACUACUGCUGUUCUGAAGGUAUUUCCAUUCUCAAAGAUUCCUCUAAACCUGAAACAAAUCUCUGUCUGCUGCAUGGUAAAAAUGAUUUUUAACCUGUUUUGCAAGUUACACAACAAAAGGGCGUUUCUGUUGUCUAGCCUACCCUCACUGAUAUAAAAGGAGUAGACAAAAUAAUAGGAACACCUGGCAGUAUAAUGCAAUACAAAGCAACAGCACCACAAACUACAUCCUCUGAAAUGAUCCUACAGCUGAAUCAACAACUCUCAGCUUUACAACUAAAACUUAAGAUUCCAACCUUCAUGAAGGUCGGAUUUAUAGCAGGACUUUUUUAGACUGUAUUAGACUGCAUUAGCCUUUGCCAGGUGUACCCAAUAAACUGGCAAAUGAGCGUAUUUGUCUCUUAGAGACAUAUAGUGACUAGGCAAUGAAAAUGAAGAUACAGGGAAAUUAUACUGGACUAUGAAAUUGAAGACUGCAUUCCAGAUCAAGGCUUUAUUUUCUUAUGACAUUAUUCAGUAUUUACUUUUGCAUACAAAUGUAACCGUCUGAGCUGUACAGACAUACACUAUUGCUUUUGCUAUUAAGCCUAUUGAAAUAGCUGGUAUCUUUCAAAUAGUUAAUUGGGCACUAGCCAACUUUUUCAGCCCACUGUUUUCUAAAGCCUGACGUGAUGCUCUGUGCAGCUAUGUGAUUGUGUUGACUUAUCUGAUAGGAGAUUUGCUCCAGUGGACUUGAAUUUGAGGUAUACAACGCACCUGAGCAGCUACGUAAUCCUGUGUUGUUAUUCUAGCAGGUCUUAGUUUAACACACAGGCCCUCCAGCCUGACCUGAGCUGUAUUUGUCAAACAAGGUUAAUCACAGCAGGGACACAGAGAAUAGAGAGAUGUUGGUUUAGUAAAGGUGCUGAUCUGCAGUUCCUCUCCUUGGUCAGGAUUAUCUCUGUGUGAGCUGAUUUAUUUUCUUAAUUGGUAUAUCCUCUUUGCAAAUCAAAAAGAUGAUGAAAAACUAUAAAAAUGUACACCUAACCAUCAAGCUGAGGAAAAUGUAACAACUAAAAAGUAAAAUAAGAUGUAUUUUAACAUCCCUGUGAUUGAAAUAGUCAGACUAUCAAUAACGUCUUCAUUUAUCUUAUAUGGAAUGCUAAAUACAGAUGUCUUUUUAAGAAACUUACAUUUGUCAAGAAAAAAGCCAAGGGUCUUGUGAAAGUCCAGUAGAAAAUAGAGAGGUGUUGUUUUUCUGUUCACUGCCUCUAAUAAUAUCUGAGUCAGUGAGCAGCAUGGGAGAUCAUGUGUUACAACACUGUGCCGAGAGGCUGGGGGCCAGGCCUUCAAAUGCUAGACGUUCUGCUUCAUAAAGGCAUUGUCUCCUGGGACGACCCCAAAUUGAGAAGCUCAUCAUGCUGUACAGGAAAGGCCUGAGAAAUCAAAGAGUCAGAGCAGCAUAAUGGCCACGAAUCAUUAGCGAACAGAGGAAAGACAAGGUCAUUUGCUAGACAAGCUGCCUUGCUGUGACGCUACUGUCAUGAAAAAAGUGUGUAACUGCAGGUUUGGGUUUUUCGGGUUUUCCCCCCUGGUAAUCAGUGUUACAAUUUGGAUAAAUUGUGUUUGUAUUUUAAAGUUGUUGAAAACCCUUUGAUAUCCUUUUUAAAAAUACUUGGAAUAAAUACUUUUUUUUGCUUA